GUGCUUUCAGUGUUGGUAAACAAAGAACAGAAGGAGGCUAGGAAAUCGGAAGAAAAAAAUUGUAAUUUACUGGAUUUAAACAUGGUUUCGCGAUUUGACCAACAGAAGACCAAGCACCAGCUCUUCCACGUGUCCCUCAGCCUGGCCACAAUCCUGCUAUGCAUGGCAUAUAUGCAGUAUCGCCGGAACUGGGCGCAUCUUGGGAGCUUCUGGGAUUCGCUGGUGGUUCCCAUUGUUUUUAUCGGGGAGCUGCUUAAAGUGGUCUUGGCCCGUUUCUACGGACGGGUGGAGGAUGGAGUUCUCUCAGCGAAACAGCGCCAGAAAAAGUCGACCUACUUUACACCAAAAGAGAUACUCGGAGGAAUCACGCUGCAGUUCCUGUGCACGCUGCUGUAUGCAUUCAUUUGCAUCAUCCUGGGAGCCCCAGUGCUGGGCAACUACGAGCAGACCUUCGUUCUGGCGCUGCUGAUGACUCUGCUGACGGUGUCGCCGACGGUUUUCCUGCUGGGAGGAGGCGGAGCCCUUCAGGUGUGCUUCUGCGAGAAGCCCGACUUUGUGACCAAGUGCGAGGACACGGCGCUGAACCUGUUCAAGUACAACGCCCUGGGAGGAAUAUUGGGUGCCUGGGCAGGCAGUGUGGUGGCGCCCUUGGACUGGGGACGCGACUGGCAGGCCUAUCCAAUUCCGAACGUGAUCGGUGCGCUCCUGGGCAGUGCCCUGGGAAAUAUUUACGCUUGCACGCAUGUACUAUACGCCACUGCCAAAGUUUAUAUGACCAAGAAGCGGUCCUAAGCCCCUGAAAAUAAACGCUAUUAGCCCUGCCACCAAGAUUAUUACCUUUCGCUGCCACUGUUAUCCACAAAUAUGUACACUCCAGUCCCAUGAGCCACGUCAUCAUCUCGUCUAGUCAGCAGCUUAGGAACUACCAAAAAGCAAUUAACAUACUUUAAUGUUACAACUUUAAGCAUUUUAUUAGAAGUAAUAUUAACAAAUU